AUGGCCUCGGAAACAGUGGCCUGGAUUGGCCUUGGGAACAUCGGCCGGGGAAUGAGCCGAAACAUUGCCCUGAAAGGUCCCCAGCAAUCACCUCUGAUCCUAUACAACAGGACAACCUCCAAGGCAGAGGCUUUCGCAGCGUCUCUCACCUCCGAGAAACCCCAAUCUGCCAUCGCUGCGUCAUCGCUCCCCGCAGCCGUCAAGGACGCCUCCAUCACCUUCAUCUGCGUUGGCGACGAUGCAGCUCUCGACCAGAUCAUCAACACCAUUACCUCGGACGCUAGUCUCACUAUCAAAGACAAAAUCAUUGUCGACUGCUCAACCGUUCACCCAGACACAUCUAGACGCACACAUUCCACCCUCGCCUCCCACGGCGCAACCUUCAUCGCCUGCCCUGUCUUCGGUGCACCCAAUGCCGCAGAUGCAGGCCAAAUGGUCGUUGUACCUGCCGGCUCUCCAGACGCCAUAAACCGCAUCCAGCCGUUCCUUGUAGGCGUAACCUCAAAGGCCGUAUUAGAUCUCGGCCCCGAGAGCGCCAACGAUGUAGGCCGGGCUUCUCUAAUGAAAGUCCUCGGCAACACAUUCAUCCUCAACACAGUCGAAACACUCGCCGAGGGCUUGGUAGCGGCUGAAAAAUCAGGGCUGGGCACCGUUGCUUACAAGCAGUGGGUGUCUACGAUGUUCCCCGGCCCGUUUGCGAAGUAUGCAGAGCGCAUGACGAGCGGGGACUACUUUAAGCGCGAAGAGCCGCUUUUCGCGGUUGAUUUGGCGAGGAAGGAUUUGAGGCAUGCGGCGAAUCUGGCGGGGGGCGCGGGAUUGACGCUGCCCAGUGUGAAGGUGACGGAUGAUUAUUUGAAGGUUGUGAAGGAGGAGAAGGGCGAGAAGGGGGACAUUGCGGGUGUGUAUGGGGCGAUUAGGAAGGGGGCUGGGUUGCCGUUUGAUAAUCAGUGA